CUAAGCCUUUGCAGCAGAUCUUCUGGCUGUUUCUCUACCGCUACAUACUGAAGGACUUUGACUCGUGGAUGAACACAGUGGUGAUUGACCCGGAGUUACUUCAGGGUUACGUUUGGGAAAAGGACGAGGGAGACGGAUUAGCAGACUUCUCUGUUGAAGAGGAAGAAGAUGAGGACCCACUAGGAUCAUCUCUACGCCGUAAUCAGACACGUUUUCUGCAAAUGAGUAGUACAUCGGCUACUGGUGCUGGAAAAACAUCCACGAGUAAUGAAAAAGCCAAAAGUCACAGUCACAAAAUCCUCGAGCGUUUUCACAAGUUGUUGGAUCGCAUUCCCAGUGAGAAAUUGCAGCGUCCGCAUCCAGAAAUCCGACGUCGUGGAGGCAUGCAACGCGUGCUGAAUUCUUCAGUCAACGAUAAUACUAGUGGCGUCCUUGUGCGUCGCCUUUUUCCUGCCGGUUUCUUGGACGAGUUUCUUGCAAUGUUGAACGAAGAUGGUGGAGCAGGAGGGACCAACUACGAGGAAGAUAAUGGCAGUUCGACUCAUUCGGAAGUGGAUGUCCUACAAGAGAAGUCAUCCACGACCCUGCAGCUUGUGGAAGCAAG